UGGUUAGUUUUUGUCAACUUGACAUCUGUCAUGUGGAAAGAGGUAAAAUUGAGAAAAACCCUCCAUCAAAUUAGCCUGUGGGCAAUCUCUGGGAGAUUUUCUCGUUUGGUGAUUGAUGUAGAAGGUCCCAACCCAUUGUGAGCAGUACCAUCACUGGGCAGGUUGUUCUUGGUUGUAUAAGAAAGCAAACUGAGGCUGCCACCGCCACCAGCACAGCUGUGCCAGAGCCGCGAGGAGACCGGCCACCUGACUUCCCCCUCGCUGGCCGCCGCGUCCUCGGAUUUGUUCCAACGGUCUGUUAAAACAUGGUGGAUUACUAUGAAGUGCUGGGCGUGCAGAGACAUGCCUCACCUGAGGACAUUAAAAAGGCGUAUCGAAAACAGGUACUCAAAUGGCACCGAGACAAAAAUCCUGAAAAUGAAGAAGCGGAGCGAAAAUUCAAACGAGUAGCUGAGGCAUAUGAAGUGUUACCGGAUGCUAAAAAGCAGGACAUCUAUGACAAAUAUGGCAAAGAAGGAUUAAAUGGUGGUGGAGGAGGAGGUGGAAGUCAUUUUGACAGUCCAUUUGAGUUUGGCUUCACAUUCCGGAACCCAGAUGAUGUCUUCAGGGAAUUUUUUGGUGGAAGGGACCCAUUUUCAUUUGACUUCUUUGAAGCCCCAUUUGAUGACUUUUUUGGAAACCGAAGGGGUCUCUGAGGAAGUAGAAGCUGAGAUGCUGGCUCCUUUUUCUCUGCCUUCAGUGGAUUUCCUUCUUUUGGAAGUGGAUUUCUUGCUUUUGACAGGCUUUACUCCAUUCGGGUCACUAGGUCAUGGGGGUCUCACUUCAUUUUCUUCAGCGUCAUUUGGCGGCAGUGGAAUGGGCGACUUCAAAUCAAUAUCAACUUCAACUAAAAUAGUUAAUGGCAAAAAAAAAGUCACUACAAAGAGAAUUGUGGAGAACGGUCAGGAAAGAGUAGAAGUUGAAGAAGACGGACAGUUAAAGUCCCUGAUGAUUCUUUUUUUUUUUUUCCGGAGCUGGGGGACCUCCUAGGUAAGCGCUCUACCACUGAGCUAAAUCCCCAGCCCUUAAAGUCCCUGAUGAUAAAUGGUAAGGAGCAACUGCUACGCUUGGAUAACGAGUAAUUCAACGCACGCAUGUAACAGAAAUGCUAAACCAUAACAAGCACCAUUUGAGGAAUAACAGGAACUUUUCUUUUUGAAGAUUUCAAACGAACUCGACUUUCUGUAUAACUGUACCUAAUCUAAAGUAUUUAUAAUACAGUUCGUCGGAGCCCCCA